GGCAGCAGCUGGCCGAGUUCGCGGACCGAGUCGGUCGCAUCUCAUCUUCUCACGUGAAUGUGAACAUGGAGGUCGAUUCGACGGCUUCCACCCCCGCGUAGGGCGAGGCUCGUCAACAAGAACGCGGCAGGAUGUAUUGGAACAGUGGACACCUAGUCGGGAUACGUUAUGCGUCAACGCAUGAUCGAGCCUGCACACGCAAGGCCCACAAGAAGGCGCAUCGUCAGCCACCAUGGUGUAUCCCCCUUCGCAGCACUACAACCACUUCUUCUUCUAGCGACACUGCCGUUCAUACCGGGCUGGCCUCGAUUUCCUGUCAUUUCUCGUCGACCCUGUGGGUCUUUGCCCUAUAUGCUCCGCGACGCGUCUCUGGUGCUAUUCCUGAGUGGACUCCUCCACUUUGCCUUGUUCGCGACGUCUGCGGUAGCCGCGAACGUCACCUGGAUCAGCCCUUCGCGGGGCGAUGCGUAUGGAUCUGGGAAUACCAUCGUCGGACAGUGGGAUGCGGAGAAACCAGUCGUGUCUCCCUCGAUCCGACUGUGCGUGCUCAAUGGUGGUGGUACCAACAAGCGAGCAGCUGCUUCCGGCGGGUCCUGUGGAACGGCUGUCUGGCCUACCGUUCAGCAAUCGCAGUCGGAUGGCUCUUUUGUGAUCCACAUGACCCUGCCCAAUGUCACAACAGCCUCCCAGUGCUACUUGGAGAUGAAGGAUGAUUUCGGCGAGACGUCUGCUUCGCCCGCCUUCUCAUACCAGCCGUCUGUCGAUGAUGACACGGAUCCAUCAGAUGUGCACGCUAUGGAAGCCCAGCCAUCCGCCGAGGACGCAUCCACCCCGACUCCCGCCCCGUCAAGCCCUCCAUCGUCCCCCAGCUCCGUUCCCCAACCUUCCACCUCAUCGCAACAGGCGCCAUCUCUCGAAGAGUCUCGCAUGCCUACCCCAACCGCGGCAUACGCAGUACCCCUCUCCUUCGUCGGCUCCGCCCUCCUCUGCGCAGGGGGCCUGGCCUACCAACAACGUCGCAGGCUGCGUGCCGAGCGCCGCAAAGAGCAGGACGCCCUCCAAGCACGCCAGACGCUCUCCCGCCAGCCCACGCUCGACCUCGUCGGCCUGGGCUUCACGAACCUGGGUCGCGGGCCCGCGCCCGGACGGUCCCCCGCCGCCUCCGCCUCCGCCUCCCUGCAACGACAGGACUCCGUCCGGUCGACGAGCGUGAGCCGCAUGCGCGCCUGGAGACGCGGGGUGUCCCAGCACCACCUCCAUCCGCACUCCCACUCCCACUCCCACUCCCACCACCACGCCGACGACGAGACGUACGUCGCGCGAUCCGACGACGGGCGCAGCGUCGCGUCGGGCCGGAGCGGCCCCGCUGGCGCGUACCUGCACAGGCCUGCGCAGCCGCGCCGCCCGACGCGGGAGCCGUUCUAUGCGAGCAGGAGCCAGGCGCGGCGCACGACCGUCCCCGCGGGCCUGUAUCGCGAGUCGCCCAUCGGGCUCCCCCAACCCCGCGACGGUGGUCGGGAGAGCAGGUACGCCACGUACGGGCGACGGCGGUACAUCGCGGAGGAAGAGGAGGAUUGGGGCCGGUUGAAACGGAGGGAUGACCGAAGGCGUCCCGCCCAUGCGUCGGAAGACGUGGAUCGCAUAAAGGUCGAGAGCUACCACAACGCCAACAUCAACGAUGAUGUCUUUUCGCACUAUCUCGACCUCUCGCCAAUACCUCUCUCCCCCACCCGAUCACCACCCAGGGACCCGUCUUCAGUAUCGCGUCCGGAGAGACUGCACAGCAAGGCUCAGAGGAAUGAUCGAGACAUGGGCAUCAUCCGAGGUUCUGAGGUUGAGUGA